CUAUGCUCGCACCUCCCCCUGCUCGCAUCGUGUCUCCUCCCCUCCGCCACCGCCUGCUCGUCAAACCGAGCCUCCUCCUCCGCGAAGCAGGGUUAGAGAGCGACUGUAGACCGGAGAAGAGAGCAACCUGAAGCUGGGUGGAGAAGCCAGGGCCGAGACCUCCCGGAGCACCGCAGCCGUGUGUUCUUCUUCUUCUUCUACUUCUCGCCAACAACUCGGCGGCCUAGCGACUCCCGCCCCCCUCCCUCCCUCCCUCCCAUCCUCCGCACCUCCUCACCGCCCGGAUUUCAUCAUCCGACCUGCAAGAUGGGAAAUGAAGCCAGUUACCCCCUGGAGAUGUGCUCGCAUUUCGAUGCCGAUGAGAUUAAGAGGCUAGGAAAGAGGUUUAAGAAACUCGACCUAGAUAACUCCGGCUCGCUCAGCGUGGAGGAGUUCAUGUCGCUGCCCGAGCUGCAGCAGAACCCGCUGGUGCAGAGGGUCAUCGACAUAUUCGACACGGACGGCAACGGAGAGGUGGACUUCAAAGAGUUCAUCGAGGGAGUCUCACAGUUCAGCGUCAAGGGAGACAAGGAACAGAAGCUUCGGUUCGCCUUCAGGAUCUACGACAUGGACAAGGACGGCUACAUCUCCAACGGCGAGCUCUUCCAGGUGCUGAAGAUGAUGGUGGGCAACAACCUGAAGGACACGCAGCUCCAGCAGAUCGUGGACAAGACCAUCAUCAACGCGGACCGCGACGGAGACGGCAGGAUAUCCUUCGAGGAGUUCUGCGCAGUGGUCGGCGGUCUCGAUAUACACAAAAAGAUGGUGGUGGACGUGUGAGCGCCCCCUCCUCCUCUCGCUUGCUGAACCUCAACCUCACUCCACCCAUCCUCCCUCGCUCCCCGACGCUCGCUUUCUCCACCGUCUCCGAACAUCUGCUCAAGACGUCCGGCCGAAACGCUCUCGCUCUCGCUCUCUCUCUCUCUCUCUCUCUCUCUCUCUCUCUCUCUCUCUCUCUCUCUCUCUCUCUCUCUCUCUCUCUCUCUCUCUCUCUCUCUCUCUCUCUCUCUCUCUCUCUCUCUCUCUCUCUCUCUCUGUGUGUGUGACUCAAUGGAAGUAUUCUCUCUUUCUCUCUCACACCCGCUCUCUCUUUUUUUCUCUUUCAAAAAUAACACCGGCCUGGCGAAGCCAAAAUUUGAAAGUGUUAUUGAACUGUAGAAUCCUCCCCAAUAACCCGGUCGUAGCACUUUAAAGACACCGAAGGAGAUCAGCGCGUCUCCGAUCUCUGGAUGAGGGAGGGGGAAGGGGGAGGCGGGUCGGCUUGUUCAUAUUUCAUCCUCUCUCCUUUUUCUUUUUUUGAUAUUUAUUUUUUGUUCUUGUCUUUUAUAAAGAAGAAAAAAACACAAGUAUACCUAUGGCUGUCUCGUGUUAACACUUGACUUUACAGCUACCGCUAGAGAAGUAGGGUAUGAAGUGCCAACCGGAACAUAUCCACAAACAAGUCAUUACCCAUCAUCCCUCCCUGCUGUCAAUCACGCCAGACAAAAGAGUCGCUUUAGAUGCAAAAAAACCCCAUUUCUUCUUUUUUUCUCUCCUCCGUUUUAGAUUUCACACACACACACACACACACACACACACACACACACACACACACACACACGAGCCGGUAAACUAUUAGACCAGAUGAAGCUUCCGAGUCGCUCUUAGCAGAAGUUAGGUUCGUUUUCUUUUUUGUAAUAAGAUUUGCUAUAGUUUUAUUUAUACUUAAAGAAUGUGUUUGUAUUGUUUUGGAGAUUAUUAUUAUUAUUGUUAUCAUCCUCGUUUUCCUCGUCACAAUAGAUUACAACAAAUGCCAAGAAAAUGUCUUUUCCAAAAAAAUAUAUAUAUUUGUGGCUGCGAAGCGAUCCACGGUUUACUCUCAAUUAAGUAUUUUUCUUCAUUUCUUUUUUUACGCGUUUAAACCCGUGUGAACUUCGAAAAACGUUGGCUUUGGGCAAAGCAGCCGGACGGAACUUGGUUGAAGAACUUGAGACAGUUUUAAGAGUGAGAUUUUACAUUGUUCGUGCGAGUACAUAGCAACAUAAGAGAGUUAUCUGCAGGCAGUGUAUUUUUUCCUUUUUUUUUAACUAACAUGUAUAUUAGGUAAUCAACACGCUCCUCCUCGUCUUUACCAGAGAGAGGAAAGAAAGGCUUUGCCUCAGCUUUAACUAUCGUGAGCCCUUCAGGGUCGGGUCGGGGUUUGUCUUUUUCUCUAACGCAACACGAACAUCGUCACGAAAUGUCAACACGAUGAACUGGGACAAACUGUACAUUGUAGUUAGUUGUUUAUAUCUUCCUUUCGAGCAUGUACAUUUCAGAAGUUGGCUUCUUCUCCCCACUUUUUUCUUUUUCUUCUUUCUCUCACAAUCAUAUUUACUCACUAACAUGAACAGGGAGAGAGAAAAAAAACAUUCGACCAAAUUAUACUUUUCUAACGGAAAUAGGUUUCCUACUACGAACGGCGUCGGGGACAAGCCUUUUUGUUAAAGCGCCUGGAGACCGGCGGCUCGUUCUAACAGGAGUUCUCAGUCCGAGAUGUGAAUCUGGAGUGAUGUCGUCCUCUGCUCGGCUCGGGGGACCCCUGUGCUUUGCAUGACAUGGAAGACUAUAUAUAUAUAUAUAUAUAUAUAUAUAUAUAUAUAUAUAAUUUUUUUGUGCAUGUAGAAUCAAUUUUUGUUUACACAUGGAUGGUGAUGUGAAUAUAUUUAAGAAUUUCACGGUAUAACAAAUAUGGAUGUUGCCAAACUUUUGGUAAAUGUACAUGUACACUGAGAGGUAAAUCCAAAUUAACUGAACUACACUUAAGUAACUCUUUGUAUUCGUUACCCGGGUCGGUGAGAUGCUCAUAUUCUGACCCGUCUCAAACUGCCACAUACUGUACUCAGCUUAAAGGGGAAAUCUUUUUUAUGUUUUUUUUUGUUUUGUUUUUGUAUAUAAGUAUUUGUUAAAUGCAGUUCUGGCUCUCUCUCCUCUGUGUAGUACAGACCGCUCUUUAGUUUGUAAGUGCUACUUUUUUUUUUCUCUCUGUUGGACUUUUGGGUUCUUUUUAUUUUCUGGGAAUAUCUGAACACAUUUAAGUUUCAGAACCUUCAUUUUUUUUCUGCAUGCUGCAUCUCAUGCUGUGGGACUGUUGGAAACUUGAUACUGUAUGAAAAAUUAAAUACAAUUUAAAUAAACUUUAAAUAAACAUA